AGCAGCCAAGCCCGGGAGAAAGCGAGGACGGCGACGGCGACGGUGGCGAGGCGGAGCGGGCCGAGGACGAGCCCGAGCAGCCGCGGCCGCCGCUGCUUCUCCUGCGCCCUGCUCGGCGGGUGAGCGCCCUCGGGGCUGGGUCGCCCAGCCAGUCUCUCCCGCGCCGGGCCGGGGCUCCAUGGAGGGGCCCAGCCAGCCAGGGCUCUCCUCCUCCUCCUCCUCCUCCUCCUCGGCACCCUGACGGCGCGCAGCCAGCCGGCCCGGGCAGCGUCCCGUCGAGUCGGGGCCGGGGAGGCGGAGGAGUCCUCCUGGGGUCCACGAGGCGGCCGGGCCCGCCGGCACUAGGGAGGGAAGGAGGGCUGGCUGCCGGGCUGGCUGCCGGGCGGGCGGGCCCCCCUGCCCGGGGGCGGGUGUCUGUGCUGCGCCUGGCCCCUGGAAGUGGGAGCCUCCUGGUCGCAUCCUGUCGCUGGUGUGGCCCAGCUGAAUGGGCAGAGCGCGCAGCCUUCUCAGCUGGAGUUGGCAGCACGCAUCCAGCCGCGGUCCUGAGCAGGUGAGCCUUGAGGUGGGCUCCGUGGGCCGCGCUGCUGCGCCUGGCCACGGAGGAUGCCACUGCGCGCCGCGCGCUAAGGCGGCUGGCUGAGAGCUUGUUGAGAAACUGGCCGGGCCGUCUCGCUGGAGGCGAGGCGCACAUGCUGCUGUAGCAGAUCCCGCAGAGCUGAAGAGCGGCGUCUUCUUGCCGGAUCCUCUGAAGCGCCGAGUGAAAUCGAGUGGUCACUUCGCAGCUCCCUCGGCGAGAGGCCAUUUUAUCACGCCGGGCUGGGAAACUUCUUCAACGUGGGGAAGAGCCCCUCCAUCUUCUGGAGGCCCUUUGAAGCGCGGGGGGCCUCUCCUCCUCCUCCUCCUCCUCCUCGAAUGGCAGCCGAGGGUGCUCUCCAGCGGGAUUGCAGGGGCCGCAUCGAGGCGAUUUCCCCCGAGGCGGCUGGUACUGAGCAGCGCCUCGCAAGUGCUUCUGAAGUGCAACGGAGCGGCCUGCAUCUUCUGCUCCUCCGGCUGCAGCAAAGGGGGACGGAGCUCCCUUGCUUCGCCAGACCCUGAACCGCAGCAUCCCCACGUGGGGCUAGGAGGUCCUGCGCUUGGAGCAUCCUGGCAAGCCGCCCGCCUCACGAAAGGCCGUGGGCCUGGCGCGGCACCCAAGAGCAGCGAGCUCUGGAUAGGGACCGCCGCUCUCUCUGUUUGCCUCCAAGGGCCUGGGAGGAAGGGCCCCGGAGGGCCCCAUGCUGAGCAAGGCGGAGUUUGUGGAGAAGGUGCGCCAGAGCAACCAGGCCUGCCGCGAGGGGGACUUCCACACGGCCAUCGGGCUCUACGGCGAGGCCCUGGGAGUCGACCCUCAGAACUGCAUCCUGUACAGCAACCGCUCCGCCGCCUACACCAAGACCCAGCAGUACGAGAGAGCCCUGGAGGACGCCCUCAAGGCCCGCCUGCUGAACCCCAAAUGGCCCAAGGCCUACUUCCGACAGGGCGUUGCCCUCCAGUACCUUGGGCGCCAUGCCGAUGCCCUGGCCGCCUUUGCCUCUGGCUUGGCCCAGGACCCCAAGAGUCUGCAGCUCCUGGUGGGGAUGGUGGAAGCCGCCAUGAAGUCCCCCAUGCGAGAGUCCCUGGAGCCGACCUACCAGCAGCUGCAGAAGAUGAAGCUGGAGAAGAGCCCCUUCGUGGUCGUCUCCGUGGUCGGCCAGGAGCUGCUGACUGCCGGCCACCACGGGGCCUCGGUGGUGGUCCUGGAGGCGGCCUUGAAAAUCGGCACCUGCAGCCUGAAGCUGCGCGGCUCCGUCUUCUCGGCCCUGAGCAGCGCCCACUGGUCCUUGGGCAACGCCGAGAAGAGCACCGGCUACAUGCAGCAGGACCUGGACGUGGCCAAGACUUUAGGUGACCAGAUGGGCGAAUGCCGGGCUCACGGGAAUCUGGGCUCCGCAUUCUUCUCCAAGGGGAGCUACCGCGAAGCCUUGACCAACCACAGACAUCAGCUGAUGCUGGCGAUGAAGCUCAAGGACAGAGAGGCCGCCUCCUCGGCCCUCAGCAGCCUGGGCCACGUCUACACGGCCAUCGGCGACUACCCCAACGCCCUGGCCAGCCACAAGCAGUGCGUCCUGCUGGCCAAGCAGGGCAAGGACGAGCUCUCGGAGGCCCGGGAGCUGGGCAACAUGGGGGCUGUCUACAUCGCCAUGGGCGACUUUGAGCACGCCGUCCAGUCCCACGAGCAGCACCUGGCCAUCGCCAAGGCCCUGGGCAACCAGCGGGAGGAGGCCCGGGCCUACAGCAACCUGGGCAGCGCCUACCACUACCGCCGCAACUUCGACAAGGCCAUGUCCUACCACAACCACGUGCUGGAGCUGGCCCAGCGGCUGGGGGAGAAGCCCAUCGAGAUGCGGGCCUAUGCCGGCCUGGGCCACGCGGCCCGCUGCAUGCAGGACCUCCCCAGGGCCCAGCAGUACCACCAGCAGCAGCUCAGCAUCGCCGAGAGCCUGCAGGAUCGGGCCGCCGAGGGCCGGGCCUCCUCCAAUCUGGGCAUCAUCCACCAGAUGAAGGGCGACUACGAGACGGCUCUGAAGCUGCACAAGGCGCACCUGUCCAUCGCGCAGGAGCUGAACGACUACGCGGCGCAGGGCCGGGCCUACGGCAACAUGGGCAACGCCUACAACGCGCUGGGCGCUUUCGACCAGGCGGUCAAGUACCACCGGCAGGAGCUGCAGAUCUCCAUGGAGGUGAACGACCGGGCCUCGCAGGCCUCCACCCACGGCAACCUGGCGGUGGCCUACCAGGCGCUGGGCGCCCACGACCGGGCCCUGCAGCACUACCAGAACCACCUCAACAUCGCCCGGGAGCUGCGGGACGUGCAGAGCGAGGCCCGGGCCCUGGGCAACCUGGGCAACUUCCACUCCUCGCGGGGGGAGUUCGCCCAGGCCACCCCCUACUACGAGCAGUACCUGCAGCUCUCCCCGGAGCUGCAGGACAUGGAGGGCGAGGGCAAGGUCUGCCACAACCUGGGCUACGCCCACUACUGCCUGGGCCACUUCGAGGAGGCCGUCAAGUUCUACGAGCAGGACCUGGCCCUGGCCAAGGACCUGCACGACAAGCUCAGCCAGGCCAAGGCCUACUGCAACCUGGGCCUGGCCUUCAAGGCCCUGGCCCGCUUCGGCCAGGCCGAGGAGUGCCAGAAGUACCUCCUCUCACUGGCCCAGGCGCUGGGCAACGCCCAGGCCAAGUUCCGGGCCCUGGGCAACCUGGGCGACAUCGCCGUCUGCCGCAAGGACCUGGCCGGGGCCAUCAAGUGCUACGAGCAGCAGCUGGGCCUGGCCCACCAGGCCACCGACCGGCGGCUGGAGGCCAGCGCCUACGCAGCCCUGGGCUCGGCCUACCGGCUGGUGCAGAAGUACGACAAGGCCCUGGGCUACCACACCCAGGAGCUGGAGGUCUACCAGGAGCUGGGCGAGGUGCCCGGGGAGUGCCGGGCCCACGGGCACCUGGCGGCCGUCUACAUGGCCCUGGGCAAGUUCACCAUGGCCUUCAAGUGCUACGAGGAGCAGCUGGAGCUGGGCCAGAGGCUGAAGGAGCCGGGCAUCGAGGCCCAGGUCUACGGCAACAUGGGCCUCACCAAGAUGAACCUGAGCGCCGUCGAGGAGGCCAUCGGCUACUUCGAGCAGGAGCUGGCCACCCUGCAGCAGCUGAGCGGCAGCGAGGCCGUGCUCAGCCGGGGCCGGGCCUUCGGCAACCUGGGCGACUGCUACGAGGCCCUGGGGGACUUCGAGGAGGCCAUCAAGUACUACGAGCAGUACCUGUCCGUGGCCCAGAGCCUCCGCCACAUGCAGGACCAGGUGAAGGCCUACUGGGGCCUGGGCAGCGGGCACAGGGCCAUGGGGAACCUGCAGCAGGCACUGGUCUGCUUUGAGAAGCGGCUGGUGGUGGCCCACGAGCUGGGGGAGGCCUUCGACAAGGCCCAGGCCUACGGGGAGCUGGGCACCCUCCACAGCCAGCUGGGCAACUACGAGCAAGCCAUCUCCUGCCUGGAGCGCCAGCUGGGCAUCGCCCGGGAGAUGAAGGACCAGGCCCUGGAGGGCAGCGCCGCCUGCGGCCUGGGCAGCGUCUACCAGCAGAUGGGCGAGUUCGACAUGGCCCUCCAGUUCCACCAGAUGGACCUCCGCAUCGCCGAGGAGACCGGCAACCCCGCCUGCCAGGGCCGGGCCUACGGCAACCUGGGCCUGACGUACGAGUCGCUGGGCACCUACGAGAGAGCCGUGGUCUACCAGGAGCAGCACCUGAGCCUGGCGGCCCAGAUGAACGACCUGGUGGCCAAAACGGCCUCCUACAGCAGCCUGGGCCGGACACACCACGCCUUGCAGAACUACUCCCAGGCCGUGAUGUACCUGCAGGAAGGGCUGAGGCUGGCCGAGCAACUGGGGCGCAGGGAGGACGAGGCCCGCAUCCGGCACGGGCUGGGCCUGUCGCUCUGGGCCAGCGGCAACCUGGAGGAGGCCCAGCACCAGCUCUACCGGGCCUCGGCCCUCUUCGAGACCAUCCGGCACGAGGCGCAGCUCAGCACGGACUACAAGCUCUCCCUCUUCGACCUCCAGACCGCCUCCUACCAGGCCCUGCAGCGGGUGCUGGUCAGCCUGGGGCACCAUGAGGAGGCGCUGGCGGUGGCGGAGCGGGGCCGCACGCGGGCCUUUGCCGACCUGCUGGUGGAGCGCCAGACGGGGCAGCAGGACUCCGACCCCGACUGCCCCGUGACGGUCGACCAGGUCCUGGAGACGGUGAACGGCCAGCGGGGGCUGGUCCUCUACUACUCCUUGGCCGCCGGAUACCUCUACAGCUGGCUCCUGGCUCCUGGGGCAGGAAUCCUGAAGUUCCACGAAUGCUUCUUGGGCGACGGCCCAGCCGAGAGCGCCGGGGACUUCCAGGAGAGCAGCGCCAGCCUCCAGGCGGUCACCAGCACCACCCUGGAGCAGCUCAGCGCCAGUGUGAGGGAGGCCCUGGGGGUCGACUCCUACUAUGUGCGCGCCUGCGCCAGCAGUGAGACGGAGAGCGAGGCGGGAGACCUCAACGAGCAGCCCUUCGAGGAGGCAAACAACAAGCUGAAUUCCGCCACGGACCCCUCCGGCUUCCUCCGGAUGGUCAGCCGGAACAACCUCCUGAACAGGAGCUGCCAGAGCAUGAGCAGUCUCUUCAGCGGGCCCGUCUCCCCCGCCAAGGAGGCCACGUCUUCGCUGCCCCGGCGGCCUGCCUCCUUCAGCAAGCCGCCGCUGCGCGCUCUCUACGACCUGCUGAUCGGGCCCAUGGAAGGGGGCCUGAUGCACUCCAGCGGGCCGGUGGGGCGCCCCCGGCAGCUCACCCUGGUCCUGGAAGGAGAGCUCUACCUCGUGCCCUUCGCUCUCCUCAAGGGCAGCUCCUCCAACGAGUACCUGUACGAGCGCUUCAGCCUCAUCGCCGUGCCCUCCAUCCGCGCCCUCGGCCCCAGCGCCAAGAGCCAGGCCAAGAAGACGCCCGCCGCCUACGCCGGCUCGCCCUCCAUGGCCGCCGUCAUUGGCAGCCCCAAGCUGCCCUCCUCGGUGAUGGACCGCUGGCUGUGGGGGCCCAUGCCUUCCGCCGAGGAGGAGGCCUAUGCCGUCUCGGAGCUGCUGGGCUGCCAGCCGCUGGUGGGCGGCCUGGCCACCAAGGAGCGGGUGAUGAGCGCCCUGGCCCAGGCCGAGUGUGCCCACUUCGCCACCCACAUCUCCUGGAAGCUGGCCGCCCUGGUCCUGACGCCCAGCGCCGAGGGCGGUGCCGCUGGUGCCGGCAGUGGGGGCGGCGGGGGCAGCGGCGGCAGCAGCAAGAGCUCCUUUGGGAACUCCUACACCAUCCCGGAGUCGCUGCGGGUGCAGGACGACGCGAGCGACGCGGAGAGCCUCUCGGACUGCCCCCCCCUGCAAGAGUUCCUGCUGACGGCGGCCGACGUGCUGGAGCUGCGCCUGCCCCUCAAGCUGGUGGUGCUGGGCGCCUACCAGGAGUCCCCCAGCAGCAAGGCCACGGCCGACGGGGUCAUCGGGCUGACGCGGGCCUUCCUGGCGGCCGGCGCCCACUGCGUGCUGGUGGCCCUGUGGCCGGUCCCCGUGCCGGCCUCCAAGCUCUUUGUGCACGCCUUCUACACCGCCCUGCUCAGCGGCCUGAAGGCCAGCGCGGCCCUGGCCGAGGCCAUGAAGGCUGUGCAGAGCAGCCCGCAGUUCGGCCACCCCUCCAACUGGGCAGGCUUCACUCUGAUUGGGAGCGACGUCAAGCUGAACAGCCCGUCCUCUCUGAUCGGGCAGGCCUUGACCGACAUCCUGCAGCACCCAGAGCGGGCCCGCGACGCCCUGCGGGUCCUCCUGCACCUGGUGGAGAAGUCCCUGCAGCGGAUCCACAGCGGGCAGCACAACUCCAUGUACACCUCCCAGCAGAGCGUGGAGAACAAGGUGGGGGGCAUCCCCGGCUGGCAGGCCCUGCUGACGGCGGUGGGCUUCCGGCUGGACCCCCCUGCCAGUGGGCUCCCGGCCGCCGUCUUCUUCCCCACCGCGGACCCCGGCGAUCGCCUCCAGCAGUGCAGCACCACCAUCCAGUCCCUGCUUGGCUUGCCCUCCGCGGCCCUGCAGGCUCUCUGCAAGCUCAUUGCCGCUUCGGAGACCGGGGAGCAGCUCAUCAGCCGGGCUGUUAAAAAUAUGGUGGGAAUGCUCCACCAGGUCCUGGCGCAGCUGCAGGCUGGAGAGAAGGAGCCGGAGUUCUCCUUGGCCCCCAUUCAGGUCUCCAUCAGUGUCCAGCUCUGGCGGCUGCCCGGGUGCCACGAGUUCCUGGCCGCUCUCGGCUUUGACCUGUGCGAAGUGGGCCAGGAAGAGGUGACCCUGAAGACGGGCAAGCAGGCCAGCCGGAGGACCAUGCACUUUGCUCUCCAGACCCUGCUGGCCCUUUUCGACUCCACGGAGCUCCCCAAGCGGCUGAGCCUGGACAGCUCCUCCUCGCUGGAGUCGUUGGCCUCGGCGCAGUCGGUCUCCAACCCGGGGCCGCUGGGCUACCGUGAGCAGCCGCCCUUCUCGCCCACCUGCCCCGACGGCCUGGCCUCGGACGCCAUCUCCGUGUACAGCCUGAGCUCCAUCGCCUCUUCCAUCAGCUUCGCCUCCAAGCCCGAGGGCCUCCUGGACGGGGGCGGCCCCCGCGGGCGCCAGGACUGCGAGAGGCCCAAGCCCGCCUACCCGCAAAGGCCCCCGCUGCCCCGCGGCCCCUUCUCGCCCCAGAGUGGCCCCGGCAAGGAGGAGGAGGAGUACGAGGGCUUCUCCAUCAUCAGCAACGAGCCCCUGGCCAGCUCUCCGGAGGGCAGGCGGGCCCGCUUCUCCCCCGACCACAAGCCCUCCCGGACUCACGCGGCCGGAGGGGUCCAGGUCUCCGUCAGCUCCCCCAACUCCCCCAUCAAGAUGACGCUCGUGCCCAGCCCCAACUCCCCUUUCCAGAAGGUGGGGAAGCUGGCCGGCUCCGACACUGGGGAGUCGGACCAGUCCAGCACCGAAACGGACAGCACCGUCAAGUCUCAGGAGGAGAACAACCAGCCCCCCAAGCUGGACCCCCAGGAGCUGGCCCAGAAGAUCCUGGAGGAGACGCAGAGCCACCUCCUGGCUGUGGAGCACCUGCAGCGGAGCAGCAGCCAGCUGGAGGCCGGCCACAGCGGCGGCGGCGGCAGCCUGGAGAGGGGGGCCUCCACGCCCACCGGCGCCUCCUCCUUCCGCUCCUCGGAGAGCAGCGCCUUCAGCCGGCCUCUCUGCUCCUCCGGCUCCAAGGGCCAGCCUCCUCCCGCCCCGCUGAAGCCAAAGCCCCCCAGCAGGAGCUGCUCCCUGCAGAAGAUCAGCUCCGGCUACAGCAGCCCCACCACCUCCGAAGCCUCGGCCAGGGAGGGGGCCGGGCCCCCCAGCGGCCAGCCGCCCCCCAGCCCGGACGCCCACGGCCCGCUGGCGGAGCAGCCCCUCUUCCGGCUCAAGUACCCCAGCUCGCCCUACAGCACCCACAUCGCCAAGUCGCCCCGGAACCUCUCCCCGAGCUCGGGGCACCACUCCCCGGCGGGCAGCACCCCCUCCCCCGUCGCCCUCUCCUACUCCUCCGCCAGCUCCGCCCGCUCCAGCCCCGCCGACGCGCCCGCCCUCGACAAGCUCAAGAUGGCCGCCAUCGACGAGAAGGUGCAGGCCAUCCACAACCUGAAGAUGUUCUGGCAGAACGCCCCGCAGCCCUCCGCCGGCCCCGUGCGGCUCUUCCGGGGCUCUUCCGGGCGAGGGGCCUCCCGGAGGGACGUCCUCAGCCUGCUGAACUUGUCGCCGCGGCACGGCAAGGAGGCAGCCACGGACAAGCUGGAGCUGAAGGAGCUCUCCCGGCCGCCGCCGCCCCCCCUCCCCGCCUCCCCCCCGAACCCCCCCAACGGGCACAGGCGUCCCAGCCCCCGGGCCCCGCCACAGCCCCCACUCCCCACCAGCACUCCGGGGCCGGGGCACCCCGUCCGGCUGCCCUCGGGGAACGGUUACAAGUUCUUGUCCCCCGGGCGCUUCUUCCCCUCCUCCAAGUGCUGAGGCCGCUUUUCUACUCACCCGUCGGGAGGAUGACCGCGUGAAGUUGCGGGGCCUUUUUCCCGCCCACGUCCUUGAACGAGGCCCAACCUGGGGAGGCCGGCGGGGAACUGGAGCCUUCCCGCCCCUGCGGCGCUGCCGGGCCCUGCUGCGGGGCGGCCAGUUGGCAGGGCGGCCUCUCAGCUGGCACCUCCUGGGCUGUCAGAUGCGUCGGGCUGGGGUGGGGGUCAGGCGGGGGCUGCCACCAGGAGACGCCCACGGCUGCUGGAGAGGAGAGGAGAGGAGGGAGAAGCCAUUUUCUCGGUGCUUCCAGGAGGGGUUGCCGGGGGCGGGCGGGCGGCGAGGGGCUUGUGGGGGGAGGACUGCAGCAUUGCUGCUCUCGGGGAAAUGCGACGGCUGCCUUGCCUUGCCUGGGGAGGGCGGGGUGGUUUUUUCCCCAGGAAAAGCCUCUGGAAGUUGCACUCCAGCCUGGAGGCAGGCCUGACCCUCCACUGCUGCAGCAGAAACGGCCAGGGCCUCCGAUCCAGGGGGGUGGGGUGGGCACAGCUGCUGCCUGGCAUUCCUGUGCAGUCCAGAGGCUGGCCUGCUUACGGGCCCUUGACCUGCUCACCUGCCUGCCUUCCCUGCGGCUGCUUCAUAGAGCAGGCUUCUCCCCCAGCCCCCCCCCCCAGCAAUGACAAAUGUGUGUGCUGCAAAUUCGGGGAGGCGGGGCUGUUGAAGCAGCCCCCUGCCCUCCCCCUGGGGCUGCCCCCGUCCCCUGGCAAGGCGGCCUUGGCACCCCUUCGCUGUGAGGCCAGCAGCCCCCUCCUCCCUCCCACGGUGACCUGAGCCAGACGACCAGCUGGGCUCCUUGCCCCAAGCACAAAGGAGAUCCCCCCCACCCCACUUUGGUGCAGGAGGAGCCGGGCAGGCGUCCAGCAGGGCAGACCCCUUCAAGCAUCUCUGUGGAGAGGCUGGAUCCAGCCCGAAGUGGGCGCCCCUGAGCAGCUCCACCUUCCACGCUCCCCUCCGGGCUGGGAGAUUCCACCGUGCAGAAGCCUUGCCAUGGAUUCUGGUGGGACGUUGGCCACACUUUGCAGCAGCCCUGGGCGUGGAAGUUGGGGGGCAGCAUCUGCACUGGGCUGGGAGUGGGGGCCUCAGCUGCCCUGAAGGCCCUUGCCACACCUCCCUCCCUCCCUGCCCAGGAGCUGCUUGGGGGCUUUUGGCUGGCCACGGCUUCAGCUGCUGAGCAAGGCAGACCUCUGGUCUCAGCCCACCGGGGCCAGGCUGGUGUCCCCUGGUGCCCCGUGCUGACAUUUGGCCCUCAAGCGUUCGCUGCCCCUCCUCCCCAUGAGCACCCACCCCCAAACUCCAGCUUGUUGGAGGUGCUGCAAGACUGGUCUUGGGUCCGACCUCCAGUCCUCUUCUACCCUAUGCAAAGUCACCCUGUGGGGCAGGGGCAGAAGAGCCCAGCCCAGCCUGCAGAGGGUGCGUCCUUGCGCUUCCGUUAAAACGUCUGAAAACAUGGUGCUCUCCAAGGCUGCUGCCAUGUGGGCAGUGCUUGUGCUGUACCCCCUCAUCGCAAUCCCAGCCCCCCCCGAAUGUCCCGGGAGCUGUAAAUGGCCAGUGGGAGGUGGCACCAUCACAGCCUUUCCGACUGGGGUCCAGGACUCCCUGUGGCACAUUCUGCAGCGCUCCUGCCCCCCCCCACCUCAACCCCGUUCCCACUCCAUAUGUGAGGGAAGGAAGAACUCCUUGGGUGUUGGGUUCAGGCAGAAAAAACCAGGAAGCAGCUGCACUCCCCGCCCCCCCACCUCUCUCGUGUGGAACCACAACACUGUUGUCGUCCUCAUUGUUGUCUUUGUGCAUGUAGAAGUGACCAUACUGCUUCUCACAGUGAGCAAUAAGCGUUUGGUGUGGUGACCCUCUCUCACCAGAGUUCUGUCAUGUGCAAACCCCCACCCCACGCCAAGAGGGGGCCCCCUUUGGGGCUUCACCCUGUGCAAGGCCCUUUCCGGGAGGCGGGGAGGUGACACCGCCUUCAGUGGCAUGCUGGCCUGGCCCCGGUCUGGCUGGCUGCCGGUGCUGCCCAGGGCCGCCGGGCUCCCCGCACCAGGCCCUUCCUCCAAUGGGGCCGUGCUGGAGAACCACCACAAGGGAUGGCAGCUGAGCCUCCAUCGGGACCCUCCGUCAGUCUGUGCUGCCUCUAGGGUUUGUGAUCUAAGAAGGAAGGAAGGAGCCCCCCCCCCGCAAUUCACACACACACACACACCCUCUACUCCCCCCCCCGGGGGCCAAAAGCUGCUCCUCUGCCCUCUCUUUUCUUUAUGCAGUGUCUGCCAUGUUUGGCCUAUAUGGACUUUUUUUGUAAAUUUAAAACUCCGUUUCCAGACAGCAUUAAACUUUUUAUAUUAUGAAGCUUACCCUGUAAAAAGAAUUUCAUAUUUUUAUUGCAAUUGCUAAGGCAUUUGGCCUCCUCCUUUGUGAUUUCCGUGUCUAUUAAAGCAUGAGAUCUCUCA